AUGAAUAACAUUACUCAAUUAAUACUUGUAUCUGUAUUACUUCUUGGAAGUGUUGUGGUCAACGCGGAUGUCAAUGGAAACACCACGACAAUUGUCGAUCCAUGGAUUGUCCAAGAACGUUAUGAUAUGUACAUGACAAUAUUGGCCAGCACCCAUGUGCCCAGAUUGUUUGGACAGGACAACCUUGGCAACUUGUUGUGGGGCCUGCCCAUCCAGAUGGAGUGGCAAAACAGAACCGGUCGUCUGGAGACGGCGCCAUCGCAGAAUGGCCUAAGGAUCAACGAGUACUCGUGGUGGGCCGACAUGAACUACUACCUCUCGGUCAUCCCAUACUUGUCGGCCAUGCGCAAGGGUCUGGUGCCCGCAAUCAGCAUCCGCCCACCAGUCGUCUACAAGACCAACCAGCUGUGCCUCACCUACGAGACUUGCAACGCCAACGUGAUGUCCAAGUGGGACAAGUACUUUGACGCGAUCAUCGCCCUCCAGGCCAACACCUCCACUCUGGACACUGACCGUCUGCUCAAGAUCAUGUGGGACGCUCACACUGCCAGCAUUGGUUACGCCGUCAAGCAGUUCUCGGCCAACCUGGCCAAGCUCAACGUGCGCGAGGCAGAGUUUGGCAAUGGAUGGGGACACUUUGUCGAGAUCCUGGACAUCGUGGGCUUCAACACCAACUACACUCAAGUGUCUAUGCUUGGCGUCAAUCUGCCAAACAGGAUGCUUCGCACCACAGACAUCCCACCAUUCAUUCCCGACAUGACCAAGCCAAUGAACAACGUGGCACUCUCAAUGAUCUCGAUCAAUGACUUGACCAAGAUACCAUUCGCAUGGCCAACCUUCCUCGAAUUACUUCGUGCCGUCGAGCUCAUCCCCGGUUGUCACAACCUCAUCCUCUCAGAGAUCAAUGACUAUCUUAUCAAUCCAGUUGGCACCAUCAUUGAUGUAUUGGAGGGUAUCAUGACCUUCUGCAAGUCCAAC